CCUGUUGACAGCCGUUAAAAAACUAACGAAAUUCUCCAGAGCUCUCAGUUUCCUUCAUUUAUUUGAUACAUUUUUGGACUGUAACAUAUUUUUGUCCGGAAGUGUACAUUCAGAGGACACAGCUCACUGAACUCGGAAAGUUUUCUCUCAGGGAUUUAUCGAGUGAGGAGAGUGAGGAGCGGCGUCUGAAGGAGAUGAAGUGAGUGAACGUGAGUGUGAUAAACUCUGACAGAACGUAACGGUAACUUCCGGCUGAAGCGAUGAUGCUUGUUGGAUUUGUAGUCGUGGAUGAGACAUGAAGGUGUGAACUGUGUCUGAGGUGUGUGUGGAAAUGGAGGAGCUGUGGAGACAGGUGCCGUCCGCGCAUCGCCCUGAAACGUCGCCGUUAAGGGAAUACAUGGCUCUCUAAUCACGUGAAAUGGACUCUUACAGCGCCCGAGGUUGGGAAGAAAUAACUUGAAAGUAUGGAGACUCGCGUUUUUUCUCUUUCCACAAUGGAAGUGCUGACCGCGCUUUUGCUGGUGGCCGGUUUGUGGAGGAGCGGUGUGUCCAGCAGGAACUGCCCGGACCUCAUCGUGGACAGCUGCCACUGCUCGGCCGAGCGCUCCAAAGAGCUGAGCCGGCACACCGUGCGAGUGAAAGUGGUGUGCGAGGACGCGGACCUGAUGGACACGCUGGAGCCCGCACUGCUGCCCAACACCUCGGUCACACUGAUCCUCAGCAAUAACAAAAUUUCGAUGGUGAAAAAUGGAUCCUUCUUCGGCUUGCGUGCUCUGGAGAGACUGGAUCUGAGGAGUAAUUUGAUUAGUACAGUGGAGCCUGGAGCAUUCCGCGGACUUGCUAUGCUGAAGAGGCUGGAUCUGUCCAACAACCGGAUUGGCUGCCUCUCUCCUGAGAUGUUUCUUGACCUUGGCAAUCUCUCUAAGCUAAACUUAUCUGGAAAUAUUUUCUCCACACUGCCUGAGGGGCUGUUUGUGCACUUGAAUUCUCUGAGAAUUCUGCACUUCAGUACCGAUUACUUGUUUUGUGACUGCCAGUUGGAGUGGUUGUUGCUGUGGGCUAGAGCCAGAUCAGUACGUGUGGGAAAUGAGACAGUGUGCGUGUAUCCCACGCGCCUCCACGGCCUCGCAUUCCGCAGCCUCCGAGAACACCAGCUCAUCUGCGAUGCCCCUCUGGAGCUGCCCCUGCUGCAGCUGAUCCCGUCUCAGAGGCAGCUUGUGUUCCGAGGUGACCGUCUGCCCUUGCAAUGCACCGCCUCCUACCUGGACCCCUCCUUCACACUCACCUGGAGCCAUGAGCGGCGGCCUGUACACACACAGGAGGAGAUAGGGGUGUAUGUGGAGGAAAGCAUUAUCCAUGACUGUUGCCUCAUCACCAGUGAACUAAUCCUCUCCAACGUGGAUGCUGAUGUUUCCGGUAAUUGGCAGUGCCAUGUGACCAGUUCCCGUGGCAACAGCUCCAUUGGCAUGGAGAUUGUUGUCCUGGAGACAUCUGCAGUGUACUGUUCAGCAGAGAGGGUGACCAGCAACAAAGGUGACUUCAGGUGGCCUAAGACACUGGCUGGCUUCAAGACCUUCCUGCCCUGUGCCACACCUACCUACAGCUCCGCCUCUCAUGAGAAGAGGGCGUGGCGCAGGUGUGACAAGCAGGGCCGGUGGGCAGAAGAAGACUACAAUCAAUGUCCAUACUCCAGCAGGUUCACCCGUGUGCUGCAUGAACUUACACAGAUACCAGUGAACACCACUAAUGCUCUGGUUCUAGCUCGACAACUCUCCUCCUUCACCAGCAGUGCAGCAAUGUUUGGAGAUAUGAUGGAUGUCGUCUUUGUCACACACCUCGUAGAGAAGAUCACAUGCCUGGUUGAUCGUAUCCGAGAAUUGGGGGACUAUGUGUCAGACAUCGCUAGCAACAUGAUGCAAGUGGAGGAGCACAUCCUGUGGAUGGCUCAGAAUGAAGCCCGAGCGUGCACUCGCAUUGUACAGUGUGUGGAGCGCAUCGCUGAUCUCAUAUUCAACACACACAGCCCUAACAUCUCAAAGGUCUCUCCUAACAUAGCUCUCGAAGCUUUCAUGGUCAGGCCCUCGAGUGUAAUGGGUCUGUUGUGUACGGUGGUGCAGCGGUCCUCUCUGGCACCCCCUGUCACUGACACUGGUCAGGGCAGGCCUACUGGCAUUGUGCAGGCUCCGGGCUUGCUGGGAGACACACUCCUUAACUUCAGAUGUCACGCAGCUAAUGUCACAGUAUCACCAACUGGCCAGCUCAGUCAGGACGCAGUGGCCGUCGCGUCCAUCCACCUGCCGCUGGCCGCCCCGCGUGCUGCGGACAACUCCACCUGCAAGCUGCAGCUCAUCGUCUUCCGCAAUGGCAAACUCUUCCCGUGCACGGGCGACUCGUCGAAGCUCGCGGACGACGGCAAGCGCAGGAGCGUCGCCACACCAGUUGCUUUCAUCAAAUUAGAUGGGUGCAGCGCGAGGAGCGACGUCCAGCCCGUGACCAUCGCCUUCCGGCACUGGGCGCUGGGCGCUGACCCCACCGCAGCCUACUGGGACUUCGACCUGCUGGACGGUCACGGGGGCUGGAGGGCAGAGGGCUGCCACAUAACGGCCACUGCGGGCAACACCACCACCAUCCACUGCACCCACCACAACAACUUCGCCGUGCUCAUGGAUCUGAAGAAGGUGCUGUCGUUCCCUCCAUACCCGGGGGAGUUCCUGCACCCGGUUGUAUAUGCGUGUACUGCUGUCAUGCUGCUCUGCCUCUUUGCUUCCAUCAUCACGUACAUAGUGCAUCACAGUGCAAUCCGUAUCAGCCGAAAGGGAUGGCACAUGCUCCUGAACUUCUGUUUCCACACGGCCCUCACAUUCGCUGUGUUUGCCGGAGGCAUAAACCGCAUCAAAUACCCCAUCUUCUGCCAAGCGGUUGGAGUAGUGCUUCAUUACUCAUCCCUUUCUACUAUGCUAUGGCUGGGAUUCACAGCCCGGAACAUCUACAAACAGGUGACCAAGAAACCCGCCCAGCCUCAGGACGGAGACGCACCUCCUCACCCACCCAGAUCCCCCAUGCUGAGGUUUUAUUUAGUUGGUGGCGGAAUCCCCUUCAUUAUUUGUGGCAUCACGGCUGCCAUCAACAUCGAAAAUUACGGCAGUGGCGAGCAAACCCCAUACUGCUGGAUGGCCUGGGAGCCCAGCUUGGGGGCCUUCUAUGGCCCUGUGACCUUCAUUGUCCUGGUCACUUGCAUCUACUUCCUGUGCACCUUCAUCCAGCUGCGCCGACACCCGGAGAGGAAGUACGAGCUGAAGACAGUUUCAGAGGAGCAGCAAAGGCUAUCUGCUGUGGACGUGGCGCACUGUCACCACCAAGGGGAGCCCGGAGUUGCAGGAGGUGAUGGAGGCCGCUGCCACGGGGGCUGCCCGGGGCUGAUUAACCCAUCUUUACUGGCCAACGAGCACUCCUUCAAGGCUCAGCUGCGAACCGCUGCCUUCACAUUGUUCCUGUUCCUGGCCACGUGGACGUUUGGCGCUUUGGCCGUGUCGCAGGGUCACUUUCUGGAUAUGAUCUUCAGCUGCCUGUAUGGCGCCUUCUCAGUGACGCUGGGCCUCUUUGUGCUUAUCCAUCACUGCGCCAAGCGUGACGACGUCUGGCACUGCUGGUGUGCCUGCUGCCCCGGUCGCCGUGGCAAUAACUGCCAGGGUCAUGUGCAUGCUCACGUGCGCCCUAAAGUCAAUGUGAAUGGGGACACCCAUGGGCAUGGCCACACCCACUGCCACCUGGACUCCCCAUGCCCUGGGAAGUCUAUCCUUAGCCACUCCCACUCACAUGGCCUCUGCAAACUAGGUGGGCUGAAUCCGCAGAAUCAUGUGACCUGCCUGACGCCAGUGACCCCGUGCUGCGCUGCCCUGCACACCCAGCAGCUUUUGGAAGAGGAGCGGCCCUCACCCCAUCUGCUACUUCACGCUGACCCCGAGGGCUACAGGCCAGCCUUGCACCUGCACCGCUGCCCCAAGGGUGGCAGGACUAAGGGGCGUCCUGGGGGGCGUCACCGGGACGGCGGAGAGCUGGCCUUUCACAUCCCAGCCAGUGUGGAUGGAGGCAGCGUGCACAGCUCGCACACUGACAGCCCUCACAGCACCUGCGAUCGCCAGGGUCACAUCUGCCACCUCUCGUCCCAGGAAAGUGGUCACCACCACCACCAUGCCUGCAUGCACCAUGAAGCCCCUAUGUGCCACACCACCCCCUUGUGCCACAGGCAUGUCUGCUGCGCCAAGACGGAGCUUUUACCCACUCCUCUGUGCCAAGCAGAAAGCGGCGAACCCGGAAGCUUCCUCUGUGGCUGUGGGAAAAUGGUCGAGGAUGAACCGGUGACCCAUCAUGGCCACAUAGAGCUCCAUCCUCGUAGACAGUCCUUCCCCCAGACCCUGCCCAGCCAGAACGGGCUUCUGAAAGGAAGCGUGAACGAGGGGCUUCUGUACCCCUCUGACAGCACGGGGAAUAUACGCACAGGACCCUGGAGGAACGAAACUACUGUGUAGUUCAAGGGCUCGACCUCAUGCUGAUCUAACCACCACCUCUAGGAUUUAAAAAAGGAAUCGGAUAUUCUAGAGAUUCAUGAGUUUCUGUUUUGGUUUUAAUUAUCUUUCCAUUCAGUGUUUUUUCUUCCAUUGCUCAUUGUACAAGUUCACUCAAGAUUGCCCAGAUGGAUCUCACUCAUGGAGAGAAACAAAAAACAUCUGACCUUUGCUGCCAAAUUGAGGUCUCAUCUUAUAUCUCUGUUUUGCAAUUUGUCACAGAGGUAAUGGUAUCACUACAAGAUAACAAACGUUAUCAUAGUGAGUGUGUGCGUAUGUAGGUGUGGGUGUUGGUGCGCGUGUCCUUGAAUGUACUGUAUGUAUGUUUGUCUUAAUGCAAAUGCAAUCAGUUUAGUGUUGGUGAAAAGAAAUAUUUCAUGAGAUGCUAGGUUAUACUCUAAUCUAAGUUAUUGACAGCUCCCAAAAUGUCCAACUCAUAAAUAUGACCUAGAAUAAGUCCCAAGUGUCCAAGUGCAAAACGAGAACAUCACCAGCAAUUUUAACUCAUCCGUGUUUCCACGAUUUUAACAAACAUGCUUACUAUAUACUGUGAACAGCUGAAUCUUAGUAAUAUACAAAACAAACAGAAAAAAAAUGCUUCUAUCUGAGUUCUGUUCUGCCUCUAUGGGUGUGCAAAGUAAAAGAAAACAGAGAUCCUGUCUGGUUGUUUUACUGCAGAUGAUCUGUAUUAAUUAUGCUGUUUCUAUGGUGAACCUCCGUCCUGUCAUCAUGGAGACGUCUUAUUGUGUUAACCUCUGGUGCUAGAAGGACAAAUAACAUUAUUACAUAAUCGUGGUCCAUCAGUCCUCAGCCAGCUGUAGCAGGCAGACCAAACUAGUCACUGCUGAGAAGAAAAACUCACACACUAUGUGACCUAUUCACUUAUAUAUGAUAAGCCAUCACUAAGUAUUGAAGAACAAUAUUGAUCAAUGAGCAUUUGACCCUUUUUUGAGGAUAGAGCUAUUUAUUUGGGUGUUUUGUUUUUUUUUGAGUUUUAUUUUUGGCCAUUUUAAGACUGCCAUGCAGUGCUUAGUUCCUGUCUGUAUGUGACUAUAUGCCCCGUGUGCUCUAUAUAUGACCGUAUGCCAUGUCCAGUCCAUCACACACUGCAGACUACAUUACAUACAUUUUGACCUGCUGUAGAAUUUUGAUUUCUGCACUUAUUCAGUCAGAAAUUACAUUCAGAGAGUUCUUUUCAGGUGGUGGAGAAGUGAGAGGAGGUGAAAGUCAAGGUAUUUAUUACAGUAUGGAAGAAAAAGGAGCUUUAGCCUAGCUCUUGUUUUCUCCAUACAUCUUGUUGGUGACUAGCAUUUGCCUCAUUGCUUCUUUGGCUGGCUGUCAAUCCUCAUCGAGAGUUGGUGAUUUGAAUCUAUUUAACAAUCUUUAAAAUGAAUAUGAAGACGAUAUUUACAAGAACAGAGAUGUAUAGAAAAUUGUGGAUUAUAAGAAAAGUGAUAUCCCUCUUUUUGGUUAUUGCUCAGUAUCUGAGUUUAGACUUUUCUUACGCAUCUCUGUCACAUGCAAGUACACUGUGACAUUUGUUCCCAGUGGUGGAGAGGAGGUGCUAGAGUGGUGGUUUAAAGGAGAAACAACAGUGGUGUGAGGCUCUCCACUGUUCCCCUCACUGUUUAAUUUAAGGCCAGACGAGUUUGAAUACUUGUUUAACUGAUUCAAUUCAGUCUGUUCUCUCAGUUCGCUUUGAGAGAGUGAAAAAAAUCCAAGACAAAUUUAUCAAUUUAACAAGAUGUUUCAAAUAUAGAAAUUGAUCACAGCAUGGGGUCUGACUGCUCCUCAUGACGACGGGGUUUUAGACUCUCAGGAAAUUAUCAGCCGUGUUCGAGGAAAUAUGCAGUGUGAGCUGGAGUUUCUGCAUUUAAUGUGAAUUAAAAAUGGCCUUCUGCUCAUAUUCCUACAGUCUGCUGUGUCCACUACUUUUUUGUUUGUUUUAUUGCUCACUCAUCUUUUAACAGAAAAAUCACUUAACAAGUAUUCAACUUUGCAUGGCUUACUGGUCAGUCACAAGCAAUGGCAGUCUUACACACAGAGAUAAUCAGAGAAUAUGACUAGGCUAAUGGCCUUGUUCACCCUGUGGAAAUCUGGAUGCCAAAUCUGUUGUCACCCAUUUGUUCUACAGUACAUUUGUAUUUUGUCAGCUCCUAAAUAAAAGAGGAUAAAAACAA